AUGGAGGAGAAGGAGAGAUGUAGGAGCAGGUCUCCGGCACGGAGGGCCAAUCGGGUGCAGCAGGUGGUGGGAACUAUAAUAAGACGCACCCGAGAAUCACUUAGCAGAGAGCGGUUGCUAGGCGAUGGACGGUCACAGCGCUCCAACAGUCUGUCCAAUCAAAACUUCCGGGUCAAGUUGACCGUGCAGAUCACCAGGGAUCCCGUACUGGACAGCAGCAGUGGCCAUGGCUUCAUCCUCACCCCCAACCUACCCCUGCUGGUCAGGGAGGUGGCAACAGGGAGCCCCGCGGAUGGGAUGCUGUUCCCAGGGGAUCAGGUACUGCAGAUUAAUGACAGCAUUGUGGAUGAGCUGAGUCCUGAGCAGAUGGUAAACAUCGUAAGGGAUUUGGAGGAUUCUGUGACGAUGACUAUCCUGCGGCACAUGACAAAUCCCAAGUCAUCGAUCAUGUCAGCAGAGAAGAGAGCUCGCCUGAGGAACAAUCCAGUAAAAGUGCGCUUUGCAGAGGAGGUGGUGGUCAACGGGCACACUCAGGGAAACUCUCUUCUCUUCCUGCCCAAUGUGCUGAAGGUCUAUCUAGAGAAUGGACAGACCAAGGCCUUCAAGUUUGACAACACGACCACUGUCAAGGACAUCGUUCUGACUCUGAAGGAUAAGCUGUCCAUAAAGGCCAUCGAGUACUUUGCCCUGGUGCUGGAGCAACAGUACAGCAUCACAAAACUACUGCUUCUUCAUGAAGAUGAGCUCAUACAGAAGGUGGUUCAGAAGAAGGACUCUCAUGACUACCGCUGUCUGUUCAGGGUGUGUUUCAUCCCCAGAGACCCCGUGGAAAUGCUGCAGGAUGACACCUCUGCCUUUGAGUAUCUCUAUUUACAGAGUGUUGGGGACGUGCUGCAGGAGCGCUUUGCAGUGGAGAUGAAGUGCAACACUGCACUUCGCCUGGCUGCAUUGCACAUGCAUGAGAGACUAGACAGCUGUGGACAGACCAGGGCCUCUAUCAAGAGCAUCACGAAGGAAUUCGGCCUGGAAAGUUUUAUAUCCCCCACACUGCUAAGUAACAUGAGGGAGAAGGACCUGAGGAAGGCCAUCAGUUACCACCUCAAGAAAAUCCAGUCACUGCUGGAGCCACGGCAGAAGGUGAUAUCUGCUACUCAGGCUCGGUUGGCUUACCUCACUCAGCUGGGAGAACUCAUUUCCUAUGGGGGGCGGUCCUACACAGCAACUAUGAUGCUCCAGGACAGAGAGGCAUUGGUCAGCCUGCUGGUUGGGGCCAAGUAUGGGAUGAGCCAGGUCAUCAACCAUAAGCUCAACAUGAUCUCCACGCUGGUGGAGUUCAGUAGCAUCAGCCGGGUGGAGCUGCUCUCCGAGUCGGACAAAGUCAGCCUCCUGCGCAUCUCACUGCAUGACAUGAAGCCGUUUGCUUUACUGAUGGACACACUGGCAGCCAAAGACCUAGCAUGUCUGCUGGGAGGCUACUGCAGGCUCCUUGUGGACCCCAUUGUCAAUGUCUUCCGUCUGGGGCGCCCCAAAGUCAGGGUGCACCGGAUUCCGGCUGAGGAAGGUGUGUGUGGGAGGUUCACCGUAAUAGAGGGCGUGUGCUAUGAGUCCCUAUCAAGCUAUGUGUCGCGCUGCUGUAGUGACUCAGAUGACUCAUCAGAUGAGGACUACCCAAUGGACGCUCAGAACAGUCAGUUCCCUGAUUCAGCGAGUCAAGACUGGGAGGAGAGACGGAGAGAGGAGGAGGGGAAGAGAAGAGAGGAAGAAAGACUAGAGAGAGAAGAGAGUAAAGGGAAACAGGAAGUGAAGAUAAUAGUGACAACAGAGGGUAGGGUGAAUGAGGGAGGAGAGGUGGCGGAGACAGCAGCAGGAAGUGGUCUAAGUAAAAUCUGUGACGUAAAGCAGGAAAUGAACCUGGAGACUUCUUGGUACCACACUGACCCGCGAGUUACAAGCAGUUUCUCCAGCUUGUCCAGUGGUUCCUUGAGUGCUGCCCUUGAGGAAAGCAACACUUCAGCCAAAGCCCCCUCCCGCCCAGAGACUGUCCAUGGGCCACGGUCAUCUGAGGGGUUCUCAAUGCUAGAUGUCCACCACCCUUACCUCCUGGACCCACAAUGCCAAAGGGAAGGCAUCUCCCACCAAGGCCAGGCCUCUGCUGGUCCCUUACGACCCACUAACCUCAAUUACUGUGGCAACGACAACUCUUGUCUUUGUUUUGCUGAGCUCUCCCGGGCUGACUAUCUUCCUAGCCCACCUGAAGCCACCAGUGAUGAUGAUGAUGAUGAUGAAGAGGAAGGUGAAGAGGAACUCAGACGCAUUUCUAAGAUCCCUAGUUCGAGAGAUCUGAGGCUGAUUGACAGCACACCCUUUCAGACAUCAACCAACAGCAAAAGUAAAAAGAUUCCCCCGAAAGUCCCAAUAAGGACGAGUUCCAUCCCUACGCGUAAAGCAGCGCAGGCCCAACAGCGCCUUUCCAUGGAGGAAGAGGGUCUGUUCCUGACACCCUCACCGAACUCUAAACCAAUCCUAGGGGUCAAAGAAAGUGCUUCAGAAUCUGAGGAUGAGUUCUUUGAUGCACAAGAAAGAUUUACUCCACCAGUUCCAGAUCUCCCAGAAGCUGAGCUGUCCGAUAGACGGAACGCCAAUCGCUUGAGUGGCACCUGGAAUGGUCUCCCAUCUGUACCAGAGAAGGAGCCCUCUUCACCUCCUACUAUGAAGUCACCACCCUUUGAAAGCAAGAGGCAAGUAGAAGCUCCUAAAGCCCUUACGAAGACAUUUGCCAACCAACAGCUCAGCCCACCCAGGAUGUCGCAAAAGACUGAUAUUAAGGCCAAACCACCACUUGCACCCAAGCCCCAGCUUCCCCCUAAACCUCAGCUUAUUCCCGCUAGGUCUCCCCAACAUGGGCGUUCAUAUGCUCACUGUAAUGGGGAUGCCUCAGGUCGUCUCUCCUCAGAACUCCUGGAGAUGGAGCCAGACACAAUGGAAUUUAAGUCUGUCUCCAGAAGUGCGGGUCCACCUCUGUCCUCUCCCCUUAUUACAGCAGUACGGCGCAGUCAGCAGCCACUGGUGAACCCCAUGUCGCAGAGUCAGGAGAAGGGCGAAAUUCAGGAUAAUGGCCCAAAACAAGAUAAGCAGCUUACACAGGAGAAUAGGUCUGUUUCCAGAGACAAUGUUUAUACUCCCACUGUAAAUGAAACUCUUAAAGCUGAGGAAAAACCCUAUGGGGUUGUUUCACCAAGGGAUGAUAUCCAGGGGGUUGUAAAUGGUGGAGAAGUUGGAGGCACAAAAACACUACCAAACUUACACCCUGUUCCUCACUCUAAUUCUGGGACAAAGCUAGUCCUGACCAUCCCUCCUCCAGUGUCUCCUACAUCUAUUUCUCCCUCCAAUCUCCACCCCUUAUCACUCCCUGCCAGCUCUCCUGUAUCUCCUUCUGAUUCUGUUAAAGAAGUCUUUAAGGAUGGUGCCAGCCCACCAAAUGGCAUCCACCCUUGGAGCAGCCGCAAUGGCAACGUCCAGUCAGGGUCCAGAAGGGUGUCUCUGAGCCAUGAAAGUCUGUCACCCAAAAAUACAGAUGCCCCUCUUAGCCUCACUACUUCCCUCACCUCCAGUUCCUCAAAAGGGGUGGGGUACUUGGACAGCAGGGAGCCAGGGAGGUCUGGGUCAGGAUCAGACUUGAGGACCAGCUCUUCUAGCCUGGGGGCUAGGCUACCAGCCUCAGCUCUGAGGGGUAGGAUCCAGGCUCUGCCCUGGUAUAUGACUCGUUCGCAGGAGAUUCUGGGCACUCUGGACUAUCCGUCCACCAGUUCCAUCAAUGGCGACACAUCUGGCUUUGGCUCUGGUCUGUCUGUAGCCAGUGAAAUAUCAGAUCUAAACAAGACCCCUGUCAAGGAAAAAGAAGCUGUGAUUUUGAAAGCAGGAGAGAAAGGGAAGGUUCUAGAAGAUGGAGCCGAGGUUGUCAUAGCAACCAUAAAAGAGGCUCAAGAGGUAAGCUCAUACAUGAAAAGAGCCAACGGGACAAAUGGCUCUCAUCCUAAUCUUAGUUUCAAAGAGAACAGGGCACACAGCAGCGUUUCAUCAGAGCAGCCUCAGUCACGACCCCACUUAGCCGUGGGUUUGGGGGGGAGUUCCAGCAUACCUAUGGGAGGUGACUCUCCAUCUUCUUCACUGACAGAGAACAAUCCUCCACAACAGCACAAUGAGGCCUGUGGCUGCCGCACUGUUUAUGCAAACUGCUUUAGUGGUGACACUGAGGAUGGUGUUGGCUUUGACGAGGAGCUAACAGUUUAUGAGUUCUCACGCCGUACACGCCCCAAACCUGCACGAACCACACCUGUCCCCUCUCCUACAUCACCCUCCCCCAAUCCCAAUAUCCUGUCAUUGCUGAAGGACAACCCUCGGCCCCUCUCUACCCUCUCUACUGCCUCGUCUGAACUCAGCCCUCUUGUUUCACGUUCUGUCUCUCCCACACAUUCGGCCGGUGGUCCCCUUCGUUCCCUUACUAACAAGCACUAUGGAGGACUGAAGGGUGGUUUUGCCUCCCUGCGUCAAGACAUAGAUCAACUUUUACUAGUACUAGAGAGGGGAACAGCUGACCUUUCACAACCAACAGUAUGUGGACACUCAAGCCAGGAUGCUGUGGCAAUACAGUUUGCUUCUGAAUUCUUAAAUGAGAAGGGAAAAGAAGACAAUGCUACCCAGGCUACAAGCCCAAACUGUACAAGGCAGAAUUCUUCCUCCAUGACUGAGGCUGAACGAAGUCUACUUCAGGCAGAGGCUCGAAGAUUGGCAUCAGGGUGCCAGCGAGCCACACGUGUGGGCUGGGCACCUGAUGAAGCCCUGCGUUCCUUGUCCAACAGCUUCAGUGCCCUGGUGCAGCUUUCAGCAGCCUGCCUGCGGACAUACCCCUGUCCAGGCUGCAACAUCUGCCAUAAUGGGGGCCUGGUCUCCAAAGAUGAAGAGGAUGAGGGCCAGGAGACCAUGGAGAAGCUAAAGGAGAUAGUUGGUCUGUAUCGGGAGUUUGUUGGGGCUGUGGAAACUGCAGGAACAGGGGCCGGGGUUAAGGGUGUGGGUCUCAGUGGGUCUGGGCAGGGCCAGGGGGAUGGAGAAGGGGUGAGGUUGCUGGCCAAACGCUGUACUGUGCUCAUCUCCUCUGUCUUUGCGCUCACACAGCUGUUCCGGACAUGCUCACCAGACACCCCGGACACACCCGGCCAUGUACCUCUCAGUUUUUGA